CUCGGUGCGGUGGUACGCUCCGUGCAGUCUGUUUCUGUCAGCACCGAGCCUCGGCACUUACAGCAGCAUCGGGUUCAACCGCGGCUAAACACACCGCGCCGAGCUCCCUGUCCCAUCACACACACACACACUGACACGCACACGCAGAGGAGAGUUGGCGCACACAGCCUCUGCAAAGGAGAUCCCUUAAUUCCUCUGCGCGCAAAUCGUUUCAUCGUCCUCUAUCGGCAUCUGAGAGCUUCAUCCUCAGCAUCAGCUUCAGCAUCAGCAUCAGCAUCAGCAUCAGCAUCAGCACCGCCGCCUCGGAGCCAGAGGUCUCCCCGCGCAUUUUACCAGGAACACCGUCACUACCGGGUGGGGGGAAUUGCCCAGUCUCCAGCAAUUACAGGCUACAGAACGGGGCUAAAGGGAUGAUGGCUUUACGUCGGAAAGACUCUUUGCUCUGUGCUGUGACUUUGCUGAGUGACUAAGUGGAGCCCUACAAGCCAUGGAGGAGAUGGAUAGUAAACCUUACCAGCCAUUGUCUAAGGGGCGCCAUGAAAUGGAGAUGUCCUACACCAGCUCAUCAGAUGAGAGCGAGGAUGGCCGCACUCAUCACCGCUCCUACACUUCUCGUGAAACCCUGCCUGACUACACGCAUGAGCUUCGCCUCACACUCGGUUCACAUCGGGAACGACAGAGCAACUACAGCCAACCCCAACCAGAUUUAGACUUUUGUAAGAGUGGGCAGCUAAGGAGCCCUGACUACCACAUCCAUCAGCAACAGCAGCAGCAGCAGCAUCAAGAAGAAGAGGAAGAGGUGCUGUGCACUGGACCUGCGACCCACGAUCAUAAUCACAGCUAUUCCCUUGGUGUGGGCUCUGACGUAGACACGGAGCCAGAGGUGGACCCCUCUCCUGCUCACGGCCUGCAACACAUGUGGAUGCGUGGCCUGAAGUCGGAGCAGAGCUCGUGUCUCACAAGCCGCGCUAACUCUGCCCUUUCUCUGACUGACACUGAGCAUGACAGGAAGUCCGAGCCAGACAAUGAGCUGCCCAGCAGUCCAGGUGGUCAGUUCACGUUUCGUCCGCUACCCCCACCUCCUCCUCCGCCCCACGCCUGCACCUGCGCCCGCCCGGCACCAUACGCUCAGGUCAGCCUGCAGAGGAAGACCAUGCCAACACGGUGCCAAACCAGCCAGGGGGGGCAGGGGGCAGACAACAGCUCGAGCACAGAUCAGGGCCAGCUUCACAACAGCUGGGUGCUCAACAGCAACAUCCCCCUAGAGACCAGACAUUUCCUGUUCAAGCAGGGGUCUGGUUCAUCAGCGUUGCUGUCGGGGGCUGGCCAGGGAUAUCCCCUGACCUCAGGGACAGUGUACUCCCCUCCACCACGACCCCUCCCUCGCAGCAGUGUCACCAGGCCUCUUUUUACCUUCAACAAGCCUCACCGCUGCUGCAACUGGAAGUGUACGGCGCUGUCUGCAUCUCUGCUCACGCUCACACUGGCCCUGCUGCUCACAUACGUCAUCGCGGUCCACCUGUUAGGUCUGACCUGGCAUCUGCGGCACGGCGAGAGUCAGCUGUAUGAAAACGGUCUGAGCUCAGCGGACCAUCAACAGGAGGACCACAUCAAAACCAGACCCACGAGCUCCAUCCACCUGCUGGACACGCUCAACCCUGAAAACACAUACACUGGUGACAGAGAGAAGUGGGUGAGAGGCCGUGCCAUUGACCGUGGCGAAAUUGACAUUGGGACGCAGCAGAGCCAGGCAAUCCCACCAGGACUCUUCUGGAGGUUUCAUAUGACUGUGCACCAUCCGACCUACAUCAAGUUCAAUCUCUCACUUUCACAUAACGCACUGCUGGGGGUCUACGGACGCAGGAACAUCCCACCCACGCACACACAGUUCGACUUUGUGAAACUGCUGGAUGGGAAGGCCCUGCCCAGGUCCCUGACUGAUCCCGUCUCAGCCGCCAAAGCUCCUAAAGGCCUGCUGCUGAGUGGUCUGCAAGAAACUGGCUUCAUUGAGUAUAUGGACCCCGGGACGUGGCACCUGGCUGUCUACAAUGAUGGACGCAACCUGGAGCAAGUGUUGCUCCACAGCACGCCGAUAGACUCAAUGGAUGGCUGCUCCACAGACUGUAAUGGAAACGGAGAGUGUGUGGCUGGACACUGCCACUGCUUCGCCGGAUUCCUCGGUCCUGAUUGUGCCAAAGAUUCGUGCCCCGUGUUGUGCAGCGGGAAUGGUCUGUAUGAAAAAGGAAGGUGUGUGUGCCUCGAAGGGUGGAAGGGGGCAGAGUGUAACGUAGAGGAAGGGCAAUGUAUCGAUCCCACCUGCUCCAACCACGGCACCUGCAUCCAGGGUAUCUGCAUCUGUAGUCCAGCCUAUAAGGGGGUCAACUGCGAACAAGUGGACUGUAUAGACCCUCAAUGUGGCGGGCACGGUGUGUGUGUGCGAGGGGAGUGCGUGUGCUCGGCGGGAUGGGCCGGCGUCAGCUGCGAUGACUCUCUGCCAGCCUGUCAAGAGCAGUGUUCGGGACAUGGCACCUAUCUCCCAGAGUCAGACACUUGUGCCUGCCAGCCCAACUGGACAGGACCAGACUGCUACACUGAGCUGUGCCUGGUGCCAUGUGGCAGCCAUGGCGUUUGCUCAGAGGGCCAGUGCCAGUGCGAAGAGGGCUGGAUCGGUGCCGCGUGUGACCAGAGAGCAUGCCAUCCUCGCUGUGAAGAGCAUGGCCAGUGCCACGACGGUACCUGCAUCUGCCAGCCUGGCUGGGAGGGGGAGCACUGUAACAUUGUUACGCAUGAUUUAGACGUUGUGGUAAAAGACGGCUGCCCUGGGUUGUGCAGUGGCCACGGACGUUGUACUCUGGAGCAGAGUGGCUGGCGCUGCAUCUGCCAAGCUGGAUGGAGUGGGCCUGGGUGCAGCGUUGUCAUGGAAACUGACUGCAGUGAUGGAACUGACAAUGACGGAGAUGGAUUGACAGACUGUGUAGAUCCAGACUGCUGUGAGCAGCUGAGCUGUGGCUCUGACCCCCUGUGUCACGGUUCCGCCGACCCACUGGCCCUGCUGCAGCAGAGCCCGCAGCCCCCCACCAUGCCGUCUGCAUUCACCAGCACACACACACAUAGCUUCUACCACCGCAUACGCUUUCUACUUGGCAAGGCAGCCACACACAGUCUCCCUGGAGACGUGCCCUUUGAUACCAGUCGGGUGGCUGUGAUUCGAGGUAGAGUAGUGCUGCAGGAUGGCUCUCCUCUGGUUGGAGUCAACAUCACCUUCCCACAGCAUCCUGAGUAUGGGUACACAAUCAGUAGGCAGGAUGGAAGCUUUGACUUGGUGACCUUCGGUGCGUUUUCAGUGACCCUCAUGUUCCAGCGUCCACCCUUCCUUUCCCAGACACGCACCGUGUGGACGCCAAACAACAACUUCCUGGUUCUGGAUCAAGUGACAAUGGCCAAAGAUGAAGCUCAGCCUUCUAAAUGUGACAUAAGGAGUGUUUUGAGCCCCUAUCCACUGGUUCUGCCUUACCCUCUUCCCAGAUACACUGGGUCAUGCACAGAUAAGGGGCCGGCUGUGCCUGAACUACAGGCGAUCCAGGAAGAAGUUUCCAUCCCAGGAGCUUUUGUGAAGCUGAACUACUUGAGCACCCGUGCUGCAGGCUACUUCUCUUUGCUGCGAAUCCUCCUCACUCCUCCUUCCCCGUCGUCCCCCGUUUCCCCCCUGGGUGGCCUGUCCAAGGUGCACGUCCGUGCGUCUGUCCAAGGAAGGUUAUACCAGCGGUGGUAUCCUGCUGGGCCCGGUCUGGUCCACAAGCUGGUCUGGAACAAGACAGAUGUUUACGGCCAGGAGGUGUGGGGACUUACACAUGCAACAGUGUCAGUUGGUUACGAGUACGAGUUGUGUCCCGGUGUCAUCCACUGGGAAAAGAGGACCGCUUUGAUGCAGGGCUUUGAACUGGUGCCCUCCAGCCUCGGAGGGUGGUCCCUGGACAAACAUCAUGCCUUCAACAUACAGAGCGGAAUCCUCCAUAAAGGGAAUGGAGAAAACAUCUUCCUGACCCAGCAGCCCUCUGUCAUCAACACCGUUAUGGGGAAUGGUUUCUAUCGCAGCGUCCCCUGUGGCCCGAGCUGCAGCGGUGCGGUGCGGGACAUGAUGCUGUUUGCUCCCGUGGCGCUGGCCAGCGGCCCUGAUGGAUCCCUCUACGUUGGAGACUUUAACUUUAUCCGCAGGGUCCACCCCGAUGGCUACACCAGGACCAUACUGGAACUGAAGAACCGGGACACCCGACACAGCACCAGCCCUGCUCAUAAGUACUAUCUGGCCAUGGACCCAGUGGGAGAGGUCCUCUAUGUAUCCGACACCAGCAGUCGCAGAGUUUACCGAGUCCGAAACCUCGUUCAGCCAAAAGACCCAGCGCGCAACCUUGAGGUAGUAGCCGGGACAGGAGAGCAGUGUCUACCUUUCGACCAGAGCCACUGUGGAGAGGGAAGAAAGGCCACUGAAGCUGCACUCAACAACCCCCGAGGUAUUGCAGUGGAUAAGAGAGGUGUUGUCUACUUCGUGGAUGGCACCACCAUUCAGAAGAUUAAUGAGAGGGGUUUGCUCUCCACUGUGAUUGGCUCAAAUGGACUCAUGUCGACGCAGCCACUGAGCUGUGAUGCACGCAUGGAUAUCAGCCAGGUGCGAUUGGAGUGGCCAACGGAUCUUGCAAUUAACCCUCUGGACAACUCGCUAUACAUCCUGGACAACAAUAUUGUCUUACAGGUGUCAGAGAGUCUUCAGGUGCGUAUAGUGGCGGGGAGGCCCAUUCACUGCCAGGUCCCGGGUAUCGACCACCACCUGGUGAGCCGAGCAGCCGUGCAUGCCACCCUGGAGGCUGCCAAAGCUAUUGCCAUGUCCCACCUGGGAACGUUAUUCAUCGCUGAGACGGACGAGAGGCGAAUCAAUCGCAUCCAACAGGUGUCCACCAACGGGGAAAUAGCCAUAAUCUCAGGAGCCCCCACGGACUGUGACUGUAAGAUAGACCCCAACUGUGACUGCUUCUCUGGAGAUGGAGGGUACGCCCGUGACGCUCGACUCAAAGCCCCUUCCUCCCUGGCAGUGGCCCCCAAUGGCACUCUGUAUAUUGCUGAUCUGGGAAACAUUCGGAUCAGAGCCGUCAGCCCCAACCAGCCUCAGCCCAGCCCAGCUGGACUGGUGGAGAUCAGCUCGCCACAGGACCGGGAGCUCUAUCUCUUCAGCCAGAAUGGUUCCCACAUGUCCACCAAACACCUCAUCACUGGCCACUACCUGUACAACUUCUCCUACAGCAUGGACGGCCUUCUCUCUGGCAUGACGAGUCGCGACGGCCGCAGCCUCCAGGUGAGAAGAGACGCUCACGGCGUGCCCCUCUGGCUGGCGCUCGCCGGCGGUCAGGUGUACUGGUUGUCCCUCAGCAACAGUGGGAUGCUGAGGAAGGUGUCCGCUCAGGGCCAUGACGUCGGCCACAUCUCUUACCACGGCAACACUGGUCUCCUAGCAACCAAGAGUGAUGAGAAUAGUUGGACGACUGUUUAUGAAUAUAACAGCGAGGGACGAGUCACCAACGUCACCUUACCCACAGGUGAGGUGAGCGGUUUCCAUGGCAACCUGGAGCGCUGGUCUCGAGUUGAGGUUGAGGCAUCCAACCAUGAAAACUUUGUCACCAGCACGAACUUGUCUGCCAGCGACACCAUCUACACCUUCAAACAAGAUCAUGCACAGAGCUCAUACAGAGUCAGCUCUGAUGGGUCGUUCCUCGUGUCACUGGCGAGUGGGAUGGAGCUGCUGCUGAGCACAGAGCCCCUCCUUCCAGGUGGUGUCGGGGGAGGAAUCAGCCCGAUGGCCAGCCGCUGUAACAUCAGCCUGCCUGGAGACCACGGCCCCAGCCUGAUCGAGUGGAGGCAGCGGAAGGAGCAGAGCAAGACCAACUACAGCACAUAUGAACGCAGGCUCAGGGCACACAACAGAAACCUGCUCUCUGUAGACUUUGAUCAGAGCACCAGAGUUGGGAAGAUCUACGACGACCACAGGAAGUUCACCCUCCACAUCCAGUACGACUCGCUGGGUCGGCCGGUGGUUUGGUCUCCCAGCAGCAAAUACACUGAAGUGAACAUCACCUACUCUGCUGGGGGGCUUUUGUCAUCCAUCCACCGAGGAGAAUGGUCUGAGCAGCUGGAGUAUGAGAACAACAGGGUGGUGUCCCGAGCCUGGGUCAACGGCAAGAUCUGGAGCUACACAUAUGCAGACAGAUCCAUCAUGCUGCUCCUGCACAGCCAGCGCCGUUACAUCUUUGAUUACGACCAAACAGACCGGCUGCUUGCUGUGACGAUGCCCAGCAUGGUGAAACACACGCUGCAGUCGCUGCUGUCCAUCGGCUACUACAGGAACAUUUACACUCCUCCGGACAGCCAGGCAUCGUUCGUGCAGGACUACACCCUGGACGGGCGGCUGAUCAGGACUCAGUACCUGGGAACGGGACGCAGUGUCUUCUACAGGUAUACAUCAGCAGCGAAGCUCUUGGAGGUGGUUUAUGACUCCAGCCUUGUGACCUUCACUUACGACGAAGCCUCCGGCACUGUCAAGACCAUUCAUCUCACCCAUAACGGCUUCAUGAGCUCCAUACGCUACAGACAGACAGGGCCCCUGACAAGCCGGCAAAUCUUCCGCUUCAGCGAAGAAGGCUUGGUCAACGCCAGGUUUGACUACAGCUACAACAACUUCAGAGUCACCAGCAUGCAGGCUGUCAUCAACGAGACCCCUCUGCCUAUUGAUCUGUACCGUUACGUUGACGUGUCCGGGCGAGUGGAGCAAUUUGGCAAGUUCAGUGUCAUUUUCUACGACCUCAACCAGGUGAUCACCACUCAUUUGAUGAAGCACACCAAAGUAUUCAACUCCUAUGGUCAGGUGGUGGAAGUCCAGUAUGAGAUCCUAAAGUCCAUCGCCUAUUGGAUGACCAUCCAGUACGACUCAGCCGGGCGAACAACCACCUGUGACAUUAGGGUUGGCGUGGACGGCAACGUGACGCGCUACACUUAUGAGUAUGAUGCAGACAGUCAGCUGCAAAGCGCCUCAGUCAAUGAGCGUCCUCAGUGGCGUUACAGUUACGACCUCAAUGGAAACAUUAACCUGCACAGCCUCGGAACAAGCACCAGGCUGACGUCGCUGCGCUACGACCAGAAAGAUCGCAUCACACACCUCGGGGACCUGCAGUACAGUGUUGAUGACGACGGCUUCCUCCGCCAGCGAGCCGGCGAAUUGUUCGAAUACAACUCCAACGGACUGCUGACCUGCGUCUACAACCGCAUGACAGAGCGCUCCGUUUGGUACCGCUACGAUGGACUGGGCCGGCGCGUGGCCACCAAGAACAGCCAGGGCGAGCAGCUGCAGUUUUUCUAUGCUGACCUGUCUCACCCCACCAGGGUCAGCCACUUGUACAACCACAGCAGCAAUCUGAUCACGUCACUGUACUACGACCUUCAGGGUCACCUCAUCGCCAUGGAGCUGAGCAGCGGGGAAGAGUAUUAUGUCGCCUGUGACAGCGUGGGGAGCCCGAGGGCAGUGUUCUCCAGCAAGGGCCGAUUAAUCAAAGAGAUCUUCUACACCCCCUAUGGAGAGGUUUAUCAAGACACAAAUCCUGACUUCAAGCUCAUCAUUGGCUUCCACGGAGGCCUGUACGAUCCAUUCACAAGACUGGUUCACCUCGGCAGGCGAGACUACGACACACUCGCCGGCCGAUGGACUUCACCCAACUAUGAGCUGUGGGGGGAGCUGAGCAAAGAGCCGCAGCCAUUUAACUUGUAUGCCUUUAAGAACAACUGCCCGGUUGGAAGCGUGGAGGAGGUGACACAGUUUACUACAGACAUUGGUAGCUGGCUGCAGCUAUUUGGCUUCCAGCUUCAUAACGUUGUACCUGGUUUCCCGAAGCCUGACGUGGGCACAAUGGAACAAACAUACGAGCUCAUGAAGACCCAGACGAAAACACAGAACUGGGACUCCAGCAAGAUGGUUUUAGGGAUCCAGUGUGAGCUGCGGAAGCAGCUGAGGAGCUUCAUCUCCCUGGAAAGGUUACCUCUGCUCUCCGACCCUGUGGGCUCCGCCUGCCAUAGACCGUCUCAUCCUCCCCCCUUCGGCUCCCGGCCCUCCAUCCUUGGCCCCAGCAUCCGCUUUGCAAUCUCGCACGGUCGAGUGAGCGCCGAGGUUAUCGGCGUGGCCAGCGAGGACAGCCGCAGGGUGGCGGCCAUUUUGAACAGCGCCAUCCACCUCAGCGAGCUCAGCUUCACGGUGCACGGCUGCGACACGCACCACUUCCUCCAGUCCCGCCCCAUCGAGGAAGACCUCGCCCUGGGGUUAGGAGUCGGGGGCCGUGUCCUGGAGAACGGCGUGAACGUGAGCGUGUCCCAGAUGAGUGCCACGGUGAAUGGCAGGACUCGGCGCUUCGCCGACAUCACCCUCCAGCAGGGGGCGCUGUGCCUGUGCGUGCGUUACGGUGGGACCGAGGAGGAGGAGCGGGCUCGUGUGAUGGAGGAAGCGAGGAAGAGGGCGGUGGAGGGAGCGUGGGAGAAGGAAAGGAGGAGGUUGGAUAUGGGGGACGUGGGGAGCAGAGCGUGGAGCGAUGCGGAGAAGCAGCAGCUGCUGUCCGGAGGACGCGUCCAGGGCUACGACGGCUACUACUCUCUGCCCGUGGAGCAGCAGCCAGAGCUGUCCGACUGCCCCACCAACAUCCACUUUAUGACACUAAGCGAGGUGGGGGGCAGGUAACAGAGACACACAAAUAACCCCCCACCAUCCCACCAAAGACUGCCUGUUUCUACUCUGCUCUGAUUUGUUCUACUGUUUCUAUACUUUACUGAAAAAAGAAGUCGAUGACUCUGGAGAACAAGAAGAGAGACCGAGGGGGGAAAGAAAAACUUCCAAAUGCCUUUAAUUGUGACAAAAUGAUGGUAUUUUAUUAUUAUCGUCCAGUUUCUCCGAUUUCUAACGGUGGCACAAGCAGUGUGGUUUGGCUGUGGCUUUGCUUUUUGUAUUCCAACUGACUGACAGAUGGACAGAGACGGACGGACAGACAAUCUGCCUUUUGCUGUUUCACAACUCUUCAUCCCUUCGGACUCCGUUCACUGAUCUGUGGCUAUGAAGACUGUGGCUCCACCAGUGACUGAUCCCCCCCAUCACCCGUUCACGACUCGCACUAAGAGCUCUCCGGUUGCCAUUUGAGUUCCCAUAUGGUUUACCUCGGAUAUACUAUCGUUUACAUAUUGUGUAAAAGAGGCCUUUUUGACUCUGAC